AGCAUCACGCCACAUGGCCUCACAAUUUUACCUGUAUUUGCUGGUCCACUGCAAAGGUGUUCAGUGAUUGCUAGAGCGCUGGGUUUUACUGUCAAAAGAGUCAACUAUCAGGUCUCUGUGAUCUUCUGGUCUCUAGAUAUGGAGAAUCAAUGUCUGCCAAAGAUCCGAUCAAUGUCACCUCCAACCACACCGAUUCCUCCAUCUACCCCAGCGAGGGCAUACGUGUGCUGCAGAUGAUCCUGACCGUGAUGAUCUUCAUUGUGGGUGUUUCUCUAAACGGUCUGGUGGUCUGGGCAUUGGGGGUUCGCAUUUGGUGCCGCAACAGAAGAGCUGCCAGUGAGACACAGAGUGCCGACAGCUUCCGGAUCUAUGUGGUGAACCUGGCAUUUGCCGACUUGGUGCUGUUGUUACGUACGCCACUGAUGCUGCCCUACUUGGUGAACCACUUCAAUUGGACAUUGGGGGUACCUGUGUGCAAGCUGGUGAUUUAUUUGCGAUGCCUCGGAUUGUAUGCGAGUGCGUUCUUGCUGUGUGCUGUCGCAGUGGAGCGCUGCUUGUGUCUCCUUAGACCAGUCUGGGCUCGAUUGAAACGCCCUCGUUGGGCUGUACCUCUGGCCUGCACCGCAAUAUGGGUGUUAGCGGCGGUGUUCGCUGCGCCCUACAUCAACACAGCCAAAGUUGAUUACUGGGGGGGUCGCGACGCCUGUAUAGAAAGUGAUUUGGGAGUAGGACAAGCCUUAAAUGUGUUGGAGACUGUGGCAGGAUUCUUGCUGCCUCUAGUGAUCUUUUUGUCGUGCAAUAUCGCAGUAAUUUUUUGCGCAAAGAAGGCUGACAGCACAAUGUCUUCACCUACCUCAUCAUCUGGACCGGGUUACACAACCCAGCGUCUGACCCGUCUCUAUCGCGUACUCUUCCUCACCAUGCUCCUCUUCCUCACAUGCUGGGUGCCGUACUUCACCUGCCGCUUUUUGAGGGCCCUCUCGCACGAUCGCCCAGACUGGAAGAAGCUCAGAGAAGGAGCGAUCGGAGCUGCAUAUGUGGCGCUGUUUCUGGUUUACAUAAAAAGUGCGCUCAACCCAGUCCUGUACGUGUUCGCAGCUCGUGGACUCGGCCACACGGUUCGCGCCUCACUUCUCUCAACAAUUGAGCGAGUCUUCAACGAGGAAUUAUCAGAGUCUUUACGAAGAAAGUCCUUACGAAGGAGAGACUCUCAGUUUUAGGGGAGCUUGAAGAGCGUAAAAUACUGAUCUGCAGAAGGUUGAAACCAACAUCUGAGAUCUAGUUUCCAGAUCUGCUUGUUAGACAAAUGAUGAACAUUGACUAAAAGCAGGAAACACAUACAGUAUAAAUCUCUACACAAGAGAUUGACUG